AUGAAGACUGCCAUCUUGAUCACUGCCCUUUUCAGCGUUGCAAUUGCUGCUCCCGCUCCUCUUCCUAUCUCUGACGCCGCACAAGACCUCGAUACUCGCGCCAGUUGCCCUGGUAGCCAAAGCUGUGUUGGCGGCUACUGCACUGUCUACACAUGCGUUCCUGCCGGUACCAGCACUCAGUGCUUCACCUACAAGUACAACAAGUGCUAG